GGGUAAAGUUGUGGUUUGUCAGAAUCCAUCUGACAUCAAAUCUGACAUGGCAUCCAUUGAAUUUAAUUGGAAUGUAUUUCCGAGUACCAAGACAGACGAGAAAAACAUGGUAACACCAUUGGGGUGUAUUGUGUCUCCGUUUCAUAAUUCUGAGGUGCCUCUAUCUACCUCAGAACCAAUCGCGUGCUCUCUGUGUGGAAGCUACAUAAAUCCACACAUUAGGGUCGAUCGUGAUAAUCAUUCAUGGUGGUGUCCUAUGUGUUCAAAGAUCAGCUCACUUCCCAGUAGCUUUGAAAUCCAUGAUAAGGACAGCCCGAACCUGAAAAUAGCUGUCGAAAUAACACCUUCAUCAUCCAACACUAUUGACUACGUCCUACCUUCAGACAUAACCUCAAGCAAAUCAUUGGACAAUGAUUUCAUUCUUACUUAUGUCAUUGACUUGUAUCAGAAUAUUGACUCACUAGCAUUGCAAGAGAUCGAUUCACUCUUACUGACUGUGGCGGGUAGUAUUGCCAAGCUUCCGGAAAAUACUCAGAUAUUGCUUAUUACAUUCAGUGAUUGUGUGCAAAUUCAUCAACCAGGGAUCAAUAAAUCUGUAAGUGUUCUGCCCAAAGAUAUGAAAAAGGAAAAUGUGCCCUGGUCUGAGGCUUUUGAAGAUAUUCACUUCUUUGACAAUUUAAUAAAAAGGCUUUGUCAGAACGGGGGCAUCAACGAAAAUGACAAACUUAAUCUAUCACAUUUUAAAGCUCUACUGGCGCCGUCUGAGAUGCUCGCUUCAUAUAUUAGAGAUCUUAAGCCAAGAUUUACCAGAGAUGUCAAGCCGAAUCGGUCAACAGGGUUGGCCAGCCUUAUUGCAGUAUCCCUAUGCACCAAGUUUGCUCGGCCAAAUUCUCAAGGAAAACUAAUGCUAUUUCUCGGAGGCCCAGCGACUCUAAGUCCGGGAAAAAUCGUCUCUAAGAAAGAGAAUAUACGAUCGCAUAACGAUGUUGCGAACUUUCGGGCUCCACAUUUUCUUUCCGCCUCAAAAUUUUAUAGAACUCUCUCCUACAUGACUGUCGGAUAUUCACCAAAAGAGGCUUAUACCUCUGUAUACUCUUCAACUGGAAAACUUGUUGAUUUCGCUGUUUCAGAAAAUUCGCCAAAAUUUUCGAUUGACAUUUACACCGGGUCUUUAGACCAGGUAGGUGUCUAUGAAAUGAAGGCAAUGGUGGAGGCGGGUGGAGGAAAUAUAUUUAUGGCUGAAAAUUUUGCUUCGACAGAUUUGCAGAACUCCUAUGACCAAAAUUUGCGAGUACUACUCAAUGCCAACCACAUAUGCAAGUUGACAGUGAUACCUUCCCCCAGCCUCAAAGUAAUGAAAAUUUUGGCCAACUGCACUGAACUUCAAUCAUCAUUUCAAUCGGAAAAGUUCUCUUCAUUGCAUCAUGAGAAAAUUUCAGAUACAAUAACAUCGUUUGACUCUAGUUUGAAAAAGAGGAAUAUCACCAACCAAUGGUUCCUUGGUAGCGUUUCUUGCAAUGAUUCUCUUGCCCUUUUUUUCGAAAUGAAUACUGCAUCAUCGUCUUCAAAGAAACCCGAAAAUUCUAGAGGAAAAGGCGAAGCGGUAAUUCAGCUUCAGUUUAAAUAUUGGAGCAUGUCCAAAUGUACGAUGAUGUUGAGGGUUGUGACAAUCAAGAGGCCAACAACUUUGUCACUUUUAACAUCGAAACAAGCUACUAUUUCGGCCGAGCAAACUGAAAUUCUGAACUUGAGUGUUCAGGUGGCCAAGGAAUUGAAAUGGUUGGAAGGAUUCUGUGGUAGAGUUUGGAUUGUUUUACUAACUAGACUUCUCAUAAGCAAGAUAGACACUGCCAUUGGGUUUGAGAAUUUUGAAAGUAUUGUGAAUCAAGUGGAUGAUUCCAUAAUAAAGCUUCUUUCAAGAAACGGAGGAGUACGAAAAAAGUCCAAAUCCUUUGAAAAUCCCUUCACAAAGUUGACUCAAACCUCGAUCUUAAGUGAAAGAUUUUCUCAUCUACCAGCUUUGGCAUAUGACUUGCGUCAAAACCUUCAGCUCAUGAACAUUUUUAAUUGUUCUCCUGACGAGACUGCGUACCACCAUCUAAAUUUUCUCAGGUGUAAUUCAGUUCUUUCUUGUAAGAUGAUCUCUCCAGCACUUUACCGAGUCACUGGAAAUCAAUUACUUGAUGUCCCCUUGGAUCGACAAAGUCUCACAUAUCUGCUGUUUUUUAUUCUCGACUGUCUUGAUCUGAUUCUCAUCUACAAUCACUUCACUUGUGCUCAAGAUGAGCUACCGCUUCACCCCUCGUUGAAUGAUCUGAAAGUUUUGGGAAAUUCUUGCACAAGAUUUCUGGAGAUCCUAGAGUUGGUAAAUGAAUUUCUUCUCCAUGAGCGCCCUUUUCACCCAAAGAUAAUUACAUCUCAAUCAGGUCACUCUCAAGCACGAUAUCUUUUCUCGAGAAUGGCAGCAUCGAGCAGCAGUGAUGAUUCACCACCGAACGUAGAAUCAAAAUGGCUAAAGUACUUUACUGACUUGAUGCUGACUAGAAAAAGAAUUUCUGCUACCGCUAGUUUUGAUGAAUAUUGUGAAGAAAUUUUAGAAAGAGUGCAAAAUCUCUCAAUAUGAAACCAUAUUAGAACGAUAAUACACUUUGAUGUUUUUUAUUGCUCCCUUGACUAUCUAUAUGGUCACAACACACGCUCGAAUUCAUCCUCUACAAACGAAAGAACGCUUUUAAUCAACUGAUCAAGUGCACCUAUUUUGGAAUGUUUCCCAACGUUAUGGGUGGCACCCUCCACAAUCUUGCUGUGCUU